AAAGCAACCCCAUUUCUUCAACUUGUUUCAUAAUUUUCUCCAUCCCUUCAUCACCAAACUAACGCAAUUCACCUUUUUUUUAUAAAAUAAUUUUUUAAUCUAAUAUUAAUACCCCUCUGGCAUUAUUAUCAUAAUUUGUAUUCCACUUGGCUUUCUCUCUCUCUGUUUUCCUGAUCUUUAUGGUUUUCUGGGUUGGUUAAAAAUAAAAAAAGAAAAGAAAAGGGGAGUGAAAACGAUGAGCGGGCUUUUCCGAUCCAAAUCUUGCGGGCAUGUUGGACUUACAGAUGGUCCGUUCUUUCACCGGAGAUAUAGCAGCGACGUGGAAGACAAUGGAGGGGAAGAAGAAGAAGAAUUUAACGAGGAAGAUGAUGAGGACGAUAUUGAGGGCAGUGAAAUUACGAAAAAACAGAUUCCGACGCCGUUUAUAAGCCCGGAGUCGAGCUUUGGGGGUGAGGGGCGAAAUGGUAAUUCCACGUCGAAGUCUAAUCAUUUUACAAUUCUGGAUAUUUUGGUGGGGGCGUUGCGGAAGUCGCUGGUCACGUGCGGCGUCGAGACUGACGAUGUGUCGCCGAUGGACAUCAGCUGGCCGACGGAAGUCAGGCACGUCUCCCACGUCACCUUCGACCGGUUUAAUGGGUUCCUCGGCUUACCCACCGAGUUCGAGCCGGAGGUUCCCCGGAAGGCACUCAGCGCCAGUGCUAGUGUAUUUGGAGUUUCUGCUGAGUCCAUGCAGUGUUCCUAUGAUGAAAGAGGAAACAGUGUGCCAAUAAUUCUGCUUAUGAUGCAAAAACGUUUAUAUUCAUCAGGAGGCCUUAAGGCAGAAGGAAUAUUUCGAAUAAAUGCUGAGAAUGGUCAAGAUGAGCGUGUCAGAGACCAGCUAAAUAAAGGCAUAGUGCCACAUGGAAUUGAUGUCCAUUGUUUGGCAGGCUUGAUAAAGGCAUGGCUUAGAGAACUUCCAACUGGAGUACUUGAUUCCCUCUCGCCAGAACAGGUGGUGCAUUGCAAUUCUGAGGAAAACUGCACUCAACUUGUAAAGUUACUUCCUCGGACAGAAUCAGAUCUGCUUGACUGGGCUAUCAAUUUGAUGGCAGACGUCGUGGAGCAUGAACAAUACAACAAGAUGAAUGCACGCAACCUUGCAAUGGUUUUUGCACCAAAUAUGACCCAGAUGGCUGAUCCUUUGACUGCAUUGAUUCAUGCUGUGCAAGUAAUGAACUUCCUCAAAACACUCAUCUUAAAGACACUUCGUGAGAGGGAGGAAUCAGCUAUCAAGUCAGGGUUCCUCUCAUCAAGCUCAGAUUCUUUUGCCAAGAGUAACUCCAAUCUUUCUACCUUAAUAAACUUAGAGAAUUCCCGCAAGCAAGCUCCGGAUGCUCAUGAUCUGGAAGUACCAGCCACUCUAAGUAGGCUGGAAUCUGGUCCCGAGGAAAAACUUUGGACCUUUCAGAAAAGUGAUGGAGAAGAGGAAUUUGAGUCCGUUAUUUCAGAUGGCACACCAGAAGUAUCCCAAACAGUGACCUCAGAAAAUGGAUGUAAGGGUGGAAAUGAAAAAUUGGACCGGCUAGGUUUGAGGAAAGGAGUAAGCAAAUUAUGCAGGCACCCUGUAUUUCAGUUGAGUAAGGUAGCUAAAAAAACACGAAAUCUUGGGAUUGUAAAUACUAGGGGAAGUGGGGAGGCUUGUACAUGAUUUUGUUAUCAUCAUCCGGUAAUGUUAAUAUGUUGUCUCGUUUAUAGCUGCUUGUUACUGAUAUUAAUGUUUGCCAAGUAUGUAAUAGGUAAAAGUUAGAAGUUCUUGAGUAGGAUAUUUGCACCAGUGAAAGAACUAACUGAUGCUCUAGCUUAGACAGCAGUCAUUUCUGAGAGUGAGGCUCUCCUCUGGAUGAUUUUAAAGCAGAGUUUUGUGUAUUGUGAUGUUCAAUAACAGUCUUGAAUAUUU